AUCAAACCGUCAGUCAGUGCACGCGCACUGCUGUGGUUCAGUGACAACAAAAAAAUGGCGAGUGAGGCAGGAAAGUAUAGGAGUGUCAUCAGCAAAAGUAAAGAUCCCUCAGGCUUACUUAUUUCUGUUAUAAGAACUCUGUCAACAAGUGAUGAUAUUCAUGAUCGAGAAGCUGAGAAGGGCCGUCUUGAGGAAGCUUAUGAGAAAUGCGACCGUGAUUUAGAUGAAUUGAUUGUACAGCACUAUACAGAACUUACCACAGCCAUCAGGACGUACCAAAGUAUCACGGAACGUAUCACCAGCUCACGUAACAAAAUCAAGCAGGUGAAGGAGAAUCUGCUUUCAUGCAAAAUGCUGCUCCACUGCAAAAGGGAUGAGCUACGCAAGCUUUGGAUUGAAGGUAUUGAACACAAGCAUGUCCUAAAUCUGCUUGAUGAAAUCGAGGACAUCAAACAGGUGCCACAAAAGCUGGAGCGAUGCAUGGCAAGCAAACAUUAUCUUCAUGCCACAGACAUGCUGGUCUCUGCAGUAGAUUCUUUGGAGGGACAGCUGCUGCAGGUGGAAGGACUGAGCGAUCUGCGUCUAGAGCUCCACAGCAAGAAAUUGAACAUGCAUUUGGUGCUAAUUGAUGAGUUACACCGCCACCUGUACAUUAAAUCCACAAGUCGUGUGGGCAAUCAAAGCCGGGAUAAAAACAAAAUUGGCUUACUUGGCAAAGAUGCAUCUUUGGUUCCUGUUAUUCCAGUUAUUGAUGUCAACAUGGGAUCUACUUCCAGGAAAUUUAUGGAUAACUCUCAGUACAGCAAUUCAGUAAGCACAGCUGUGAAAGAGGUAAACCUUCAAGAUAUAAAGGAGGACCCAGAGUGUGAUCCAGAGGAGAACAGCAUACUUUUUAUGGGCAUUCUGGUGAAAGCCCUGGCAAAGUUGAAGAAGAUUCCUGAGACAAUCAAAGCCAUUAAAGAGCGCUUCAAUCAAGAACUGGAACAGAUUGUGAAACGGUCCACAACCCAGGUCGCAGAUCAUGCUUAUCAACGAGGUGAAGUCGUCUCACAAGAGAAUCAACCUAGGUUACUGCUGGAGCUUCUAGAGUUGCUGUUUGAAAAGUUCUAUGCUGUAGCUGCUGCCCAUAAAAUUAUUCUCGGCUAUCUUCACCAAAUGGUUGUGUCGCCUUCUGGUUUGAAUGUGAGUGAGAUCAAACUGUACGACAUGGCAGAAGUCUGGGCUCGGAUCCAGAGUGUGCUCCAGAUGCUGUUGACAGAAUACUUAGAUGUGAAGAAUACUCGAACUGCCUCUGAACCUUCAUCACAACUCAGCUAUGCCAGCUCAGGAAGUGAUUUUGCAGCAUUCUUUGCCAAAAAGAGACCUCAGAGGCCCAAAAUGUCUCUCUUUAAGUUUGAAUCCUCUUCACAUGCUAUCAGUAUGAGUGCAUACCUCCGUGAGCAAAGACGGGAGUUAUACAGCAAGAGUGGUGAGCUACAAGGAGGAGCUGAUGACAGUCUAAUCGAAGGAGGAGGCACGAAGUUUGUCUGCAAACCUGGAGCUCGGAACAUCACAGUUAUCUUCCAUCCAUUGUUAAGCUUUCCAAUUUAGUUGCUGAGAUGUCUGCAGUCAGUCGUACUUCAGGUGGAUUUCAGAGGAUUACUCACUUUUGCAAGGGCAUUAUGAAUGAGCAACAAUUGCUGACCUCACCUGGAAUGUCACCCCAUUAAAGAAUUUAUAAAAUUAGUGGCUCACUACCACUUUCUCAAGCAGUUAGCAGUAAUAACACAUGCUGGCCUAGUCAAUAAUGGUCACAUUACAUGAGAAGAUAUUAAACAUAGGUCCAGGUGAGAUGUGAAUAGGUAGAGUCAGUCUGAAAUUUGAAUGAUUUAUUUUUCUGAUACUAAAACAAAAAUGGAAACAAAUUUGAUUUGAGUUAUUCUCUUGUAAUUUUGCCCAUGCAACGUCCAACUUUCAGGUGAUGAUCCAAGGCAUGUCACCAAAUUUCAAUCCCAAUUUACAAACUGUACAUCUUGUUAUUGUUUUGUACCUUGACUCUUCCUUUCAAUUCAAUUUUGUAUUUUUAAUUAUACUUAAACCACAGACUUGGGGAAACUUCAAGUACAGAAUAAGACUUAGUUAGAACAUAGAAGUUUCAUUACAGUAAAAGUAGGAGAUUGGAGAUGAGCUCCUGAGUGCUGUAUACCCGUUGCAAGAUGUGAUUACAAUAUGACCAGUUUACAAAAGGCCACAUUCAUAAUGAUGAAUUGUUAUGAAUUUGUGGGAAUAAAUUAUUAUCAAACUGUGUUUCAGUUAUAGUUGUUGCUCUGUUAUGUUCAUGAAGUGGUGUUUUUCUAAUCUAAUUAUAAUAAAUGCUGUAAUCUCAGCACAUUAUUGACAGAA